CGGUGUACAUCGUAAUCGGCCCGUCUGUUCAACUCUGUAGUCUGUAGUUACUAGUCCGAACUUCUGUAGUCUUACUUAUCUUCACAGUCUGCAGUUUACGGUGUGCACUCGGUACCUAUAUUUACGAAAACAAUUACGAUAAUUGUUGUUGAUUAAUGUUCUCAUCCGUUCUAUUUAUUUUUCGCCGCGAGUUGAAUGCAAGUCGACGAGCCGAUGUUCAAUAUCCGUCAUAGACCGUCCUCGCCGCCUACACUUAAUAUUCAUCACUGUUCACACUCGUCUUGCUGGUUUAGAGAACUCUACACCUGAACAAAACGAGUAGCCGUGUGUCGAUAGUUGAUACAGUAACGACUGUUCAUCGCAUAAUAUUGACGACGAGUUACUGAGUAUCGUUUUGUUAUACACGAUGGUUAAUUCUCAUUGAGUAGUGUGUGCAUGUGUCCGUGUCGUUCCGCCUGCAGCUUUUGAGAACAUUGACGGAAUGAGUUACUAGUCGCCGACAUGGAUCCUAGGGUGCAGCCUUCCAGCAAGUAUUUCCCGGUUGCAAUGACUGAUAAUGAAGAACCAUAUCCUAGUCUUUCUGAUUAUCAUGACUAUGAACCAAACUUAGAAUUUGAUGAUACUGAACUUCAAAGUCCAUCUGCAGAUAUUGAUUUGGAGAAAAGUUUAGCUAAUGUAAAUGGGACAGUAGGAACAUUAGAUUACAUGGAAUCACCUGUUUCUGAUGGUACUAUUGAGGAAAAUUUUGAAGAAGAAUUAGUAAAUGCUCCUCAAGUUGAAGGCUUAACAUCUGUAAAUGAUACGGCAACAGGCAAUUUAUUAGAUGAUUUGGAAGCAGAUGAUUCUAAAGAAGAUGAAGACUUUAGCGAUGUUGCUGAAUGUGGUGUAGUUGAUGUAGUAGGUGAUGAUGCAGUUGGUCGGAAAAUUAUUGUUGUAUCAGCUUGCAAAUUACCAAGCAAUAAAGAAGUUGAUCAUCCAAGGCUUCUAAGAUAUCUAAUGUACACUUUGGACAAAUUUGUAGAACAAGACUACAGCUUGGUCUACUUCCAUUAUGGGUUGACGAGUAAAAAUAAACCAACCCUAUCAUGGCUAUGGCAAGCAUACCGAGCAUUUGAUAGAAAAUAUAAAAAAAACCUAAAGGCUUUGUAUCUAGUACACCCAACUGGUUUUAUCAAAGUGGUUUGGCAACUUUUUAGAGCUGUUAUUAGUGCUAAAUUUGGUCGAAAAAUUAUGUAUGUUAACCAUUUACAAGAAUUGAAACUGUUCAUGGAUUUGGAUCAACUAAUUAUUCCAGCGCCAGUCUUAGAUCAUGAUGAACAAUUAAUGAAAAAAUUAAAUAAAAGAAAAGUUUCAUUAGUUGAACAGGAAACUGAACAAAAACCUGAACCAUUACCAACUCAACAAUUUGGUGUUUCAUUACAGUUUAUAAAAGCAAACAAUAAUGGAGAAAUAAUUCCACCAUUGGUACAAAAGUGUGUUGAAUACUUAAGUCUACCAGAUGCCUUAGAAACUGAAGGAUUAUUUAGAAGAUCUGCAAACAUUAAUCAUUUAAGAGAUUUACAGAGUCGUAUCAAUCUAGGUGAACCGGUUGACUUUGGUAAUGAUGUACAUCUUGCAGCUGUUUUGUUGAAAACUUUUUUGCGAGAACUUGAAGAGCCUUUAAUGACAUUUGAUUUGUUUGAUGAGAUUACGCAAUUUCAAACACUUCCAAAAGAUGAACGUCCUAGGCAAGUUAAAAUUCUGAUAUUGGAAAAACUACCUCUUGAUAAUUAUCAUUUACUCAAAUACCUUAUUCAAUUUUUAUCAAAAGUAAUGGAUAGAUGUGACCUGAAUAAAAUGACUUCGUCUAAUUUAGCAGUAGUUUUUGGUCCAAAUUUGGUACGCAGUCCAAAUAGUCAGUUAUCUUUAGCUGCAAUUGGUCCAAUUAAUGCUUUUACCGAUUUUGUACUAGUCAAUCAUGACCAAAUAUUCAUUAUAUGAUGACAGUAUAAAACAUUUAGCAUAGUGUAUUCUGAAUGUAUUAUUUUGUGACAUGGUUUAUUUAACAUUCCAAAACUUAACUAUAUAUUAUUAACUUUAUAUGGUUGAA